UCCGACAGUGCUGCCGCCUAGCAGUAAAAGGCCGCAUAAUUUGUCGCCUCCAUUUUAUCUUGUCGAACCAAGCUUAGCCAUUACAUAUCCAACGCGUUACCAGUUCGUUAGAGUGUCGUUUAAUUCGUGAAUAUGUUUUAAAAGUACGCCUUCCGCUUGGACUAAUUCGUGAGGGCGAGGCUACAGCGUCGGAGAAGAAACAGCAGCCAUUUCAGCAACAGCCACAACUCGGAGUGAGCUUGAUGGCAAACAUGGCAUGGCAAUAUCCCUCGCCAAACAAUAUACACAACAUGUUUCCUCCAUAUUCGGGGCAAUUGUAUGGACCUGGAUAUCAAGGUGUACCUCAUCAGGGGCAAAUAUUUAAUUAUUAUCAUACAAUGAUGCCUGGGUAUGGACAACCUUUUACUCCACAGCAGAUACAACAGCAGCAGCAGCAGCAUCAACAACAGCAGCAACAGCAACAGCAGCAGCAGCAGCAACAACAGCAGGGAAGCAAUCAAGGGAAACAACUUCAUCAACAGCCUCCUGUACCUGGGACACCAAUGUCUCUGGAGGAUGAGUCUGACCUUCCUCCUCUUCCACCUGGACCACCUCCAUCCGUACCACAAUCUCAACCACAUAACAAUCAAGUGCAACAAACUAUGCAGCCCCAUCCAGGAUACAUGUAUAACUCUUUUCCUUAUGGUAGCUGGAAUGGAAUGCAUAGUGACAUGUCUCAAUACAAUAAUCAAAUUCGUUUUAAUGUUCAAAACAAGAAGAAUGGUUUGACAUUCACUCCGUCUGGCAAUAGUGGGGCUGCAAAGAAAAAACGUAAGCGGAACAAAAACUUAGCGGCACAAUUCAACAAUAGUUUUCAGGGGAACAAUCCCACAACCACUUUCGUACCGGGUCCCAAUUUGAAGACAGAACUACCACCUCUACUCCCCGCGCAGCGCGAGGUUGCAGCUCCUCCUCCACCAACAGAAGAAUCCCCUGCUUCUCCUAAACCUGCUACUACUACCGUUAACACAACUCCUAGUGCUGGCACGCCGGCGAUAGGUACCCCCUCUGUUGUGACAACCCCGAGUCCAGUUGGAGAUUGGCCUGACAGUUUGAAGAACUAUGUUAAUCGAUGCUACGAAAAGUGCAAAACGGCGGUGGACAAGGAUCAAGUUGAAAUUAUAUUAAAAGGAAAGAUUACGCGCGCUGCGAAUGAUGGCUCGCUAUGGGUGAAGGAUUGGGACCAAGAACCUUUACCUAGCAUCCACAGCGAACGCAUGACAAUGACCAUCAAACCUCAGAAACCGGCGUUAAAGUUGAACAAUUUGGCAAAUCCACUGAUCACUGCACAGGGAGGCUUGCGCAAGCCAGGCCUCUCUACUUCUCUUGGGGCUCGGCUUGGUGCGCGUCUCUCUGUCAGUCACAAACGGUCGAGGUCAAGGUCGAGGACUAGAUCUAGAUCAAGAUCAAGAUCCAGAUCGAUAUCAAGAUCGAGGUCGAGAUCGAAAUCGAGGUCGAGGUCGCGUUCGAACACACGUAGCCCACCGUCCCGAAAGUACAGACGUAGCACAUCGUCAUCGUCCAACGUUAGUGACCGGGAAUACGAUUACAAAUCAUUAAAGACGAAAAAAUCUUCUAAAAACAAACAAAACCACAGCAGCAAGAAAGCAAAGAAGACUAAACAGAUGAAAUCACAUUUCUAUUCAGAAUUUGGUUUAGCUACAGGAAACACCGAGGAACUGGGAUCCAAGGAGAAACUACAGCAACGCGCAGCAAGAUUUAACGACAGUAUUUCCAGGACCGUCAGCAAUGGUGUUAAAGAUGAUUCUUCAGCAGAAUUUGAUUUAACUGGUCUUCACAUUGUUGGAACCUGCAAGGAUAUAGAAAAACCCUAUUUGCGGCUAACAUCUGCUCCAGCUCCCUCCGCUGUACGACCGGUAAGUGUACUCCAAAAUUCUUUGGUACAUGUCAAGAAGCGUUGGGUGGCUGAUCAAGACUAUAGAUAUGCUUGUGAUCAACUUAAAUCCAUUCGUCAAGAUCUUACCGUCCAAGGUAUUAGAGAUGCAUUUACAGUCCAUGUGUACGAGACGCAUGCCCGUGUAGCUCUAGAAAAAGGCGAUCAUGAAGAAUUCAAUCAAUGUCAGACACAGUUAAGGAUGCUGUAUCAAGAUGUCGGCGGAGAAAAUCGGUGUGAAUUUAUCGCAUACCGAAUAUUGUAUUAUAUUUUCACAAAGAAUACGCAAGAUUUGACAACGAUUUUAGCCGCUUUAUCGAAAGAAGACAAAAACGAUGAAUGUAUAAAGCAUGCAUUGAAAGUACGUUCGGCUUGGUGGCUGGGCAACUUCCAUGCCUUCUUCAAACUAUACGCUGUCGCGCCAAGAAUGGCGGCCUUCCUGAUGGAUUGGUUUGCUGCAAGAGAACGCAAGAAUGCAUUAAAGUGCAUGAUAAAGUCGUACGUACUAAACAUUUUGUUAAUCAUUAUCCAUUUAUAUUUGUUAAACUAUAUCCAAACAGUAUUUGCUAAUAUUAUGCAAACAGUAGUAUCAUUAAUGGACAACAAUCUUUUGCAGAUCAUAUUUCACAAUUUCCUCUUUAUGUCAUCUUCAGAUAAUCGAUAUUGAUUUUUUUUAUAUAUUUUACAUAUCUAGUAGAUAGUCGAUUUUAAAUACAUUAGCGUAGUAGUUGCAUAUCAUUAGUGAAGUCAUAAAAUUUUACGCUUCCUUUACAGCAUAGAUAUAAAUAAAUUGAACGCAGUGUCAUUAAUUGUCAAAAAUAUUUUCAUAUCUCUGUUGGAAAUAUAUUUCUCAUUAUUCUAAUUAUUGACUUGUGGAAUUUAUCAAUUUGUAAAAGUUAUACAGGGAUUCGUAGUUGUAUGGAGAACGAUGGAAGAUUGAGCAAUUUUUUUUGUCAUUUAUAUAAUCAUGUAUAGAUUUCUGUUACAGGACAUCGUAGCUGAAAAAUAAUUACUUUUUAUAUAUAUAUAUAUACAUAUAUAUAUACACAUACAUAUUCAAUUACUACUUCUCAUUAAUAUAAUUUGUAAUGUACAUACAGUUCACGCACAAUUGUCUAAUGAUACAUUUCUUCUACUGUUUAGCUACCGGCAAAAUUUGGCGGUUGAUUUCGUCGUGGCAGAAUUGGCCUUUGAAUCUUUGGACAAGUUUUAUGAAUUUGUCAAUGAAUUCGGGUUGGUUUAUGCUGAUCCUGAACAACAGCUAAUCGACUGCAAGACAAGCAGUGGUUCUCUAGG